AUGGUCUCACCUCGUCUCUUAGGAGAUCUAAUAUGUGCAAUAUUCGCUGGAACAAUCGCUGUCUUCGUUCAUGCUCAAGAAGAAGAAGGCUGGGUGACUUUCGAUGGUAAUCAAUAUGGGUUUUUCGACCAUGAAGCUACAUUCGAUGAAGCUGAAGAAAUUUGUGUUCAGUACGGGGGCCAUUUGGUUUCCAUACACAGCCAGGCCGAAAACGACUUUGUAUACUGUUUGGACAAUGAAGAAUGCAGAACGAUGUUCGCGGAUGUGAGUCAUGUUAGUGUCACCUUGAUCACCUUGACUCCCGUUGAUCUUCGAACUGGUCGAGCGGGAGCCAGUAAUUUUUCCAUUUGCCCCGAUCGCGUGCCACAGUAG